AUGGAGACGUCUAAUUCCAUCUGUUACCUUGCAGACAAUACUACACCCCCUGCUCCAAUGGUCCUCUCACUGUGUGCUAUGGAUCUUUUUUUCACACCAAAGGCAACGCCAUGGGCCAUUGAACACCUCUCUCAUUCCGGAAAGCUGAAGCCACUGGCAGGCAGAUUGCGGCACACUCACUUUGCUCCAUACCCGCUGCCUUCCUGCCAAUCCUCGUCAUUGGCAAAAGGCAAAAAAAGGGACCCCACUCCUAUACCUCUGACAUCACGUGCCAGCAUCCCCCUGGCACUGCGAAGGGAUAAAGAGAAAGGCAGAGGGACCAAUGAGGAGAGUACAGAAGAAGAACCCCUGUCUUCAUCGCAAACCUCGAUCAGUAGCAGCUCCCAUCCAACUAUUCAGAGGGUGCUAAUUGCUCAGCCUAAGGGAGUCAGGAACCUAGGCUUAGUUCAGCUUGGUGCAAAGUUGAACUGGGAAGGCGAUACCUACCAACAAGUUGUCAAAUACGCCGAGAAGAUCUUUCCGGUAUAUCUCAAGACGGAGAUGUCUGCGAGUGGACAAGAUCAAACUGAUAAGGAUGCCUUCAAAGAUGCUAUGAUGCAAGAGUUCGACGACCCACUCAGCAACUAUGUUAAUGUCUGGCCUCUCGAACAAAUCAUGCAGUGCCUUUGCAAAAAAUUUUCAGAGAAAACACGCAAGCAAUCGGCUAAAAGGACCAUGGAGGCAGUGCAAACAGCCGUUGCAGGCCCUUCAGCACCUAGAAAGAUAUCAUGA